UUCGACGGGGCGAGUCGUGGGAAUCCGGGGGAGGCGGGGGCGGGGGCACUGCUGCGAAGGAAGCGGGACGAUCGAAUCGUGGAGGAGUUGUUGGAGUAUUUGGGGAACGAGCGGACGGUGAACGAAGCCGAGUACGCGGCGCUGUGCUUGGGGUUGCGCAAGGCGGUGGAGCUCGGGAUCACGAAGAUUGAGGUGCGAGGGGACAGUAAACUCAUCGUGAAUCAAGUUGAAGGAUCGUUCAAGCUGAAGUCGGCGAAUUUGAAGUCCAUGCACGCCGAAGCGUGCGAGUUGAAGGAAAAGUUUACCGAGUUUAAGAUCUCUCACGUCAAGCGCGAGUUUAACAAACACGCCGAUCAUUUGGCCAACAUGGCGGUGGAC